AUGGAUGACUGCUUCCAUUGCCAGGACACCGGUGCUGAGCAUCCGGAGGGCGUUGAGCCGCUCAUGAGGCAGCUCAAAUCUCAGCGUCUCAUCAAGAUCUUCAUCGGCGAUAUCACCGAGCCAUAUGUCAUGUCCGAAACGACGCUCGUGAACGCCUCCGAAUACUUCGUCAAAGCCCUCAAGCACGAAGACUCAAUGGGCACAUCUCAGCCGGGAGUUCUGAGGUUUCCAGAAGAUGAUGAUUUCAAAGAGACAUGGGAGAUACUACUUUUCUGGCUCAUGACUCAACGUCUUCCUCCUUGCUUGACCGUGCAGGAUGACGGAAAUCCCCAGCCCGAGGCCACGGAGCCUUGGAUUCGAAUGUGGGUACUCGCGGACAAGUAUCUGGUUCAUGAACUGCAAGACACGGUGAUGCUGGAGAUGCUUCGGUACUUUGAUGGGACGUUUUUGGCCAACAUGGACAGUGAUGCUGCGAUGGCCAACGAGAUGCUGCGCAUCAGUCCUGUUGACAGUCGGCUGCGGAGAUUGGUGGCAGAGGAAACCAUUCGCGGCCUUUACGAAGAGGGUCCUUCGGAGUGCUCAUUGAAAACAGAGCAUUUGAUCGCAAGUGAUGGGGUCCCCGGCUUGAGUGCGUCACUGCUCGAUGCGUAUCACGACUACAUGAAGAACAACAAGACAUACGUGCGCAACCACCGCAAAGAUCCAGAUGCCAGAUUCAGAGCGUGGGGGGAGUAUCUCGUGGGCUGCCCUCCAAUGAUUCACUGGCUGGGCGAGUUUGAAGGACAAUAG